GAGGCAGGGAGAGGACUGAAGCACUGAUAGGAGCGCCACAGGCAAGGAGGGAGUGAUCGAGAGAGGGAAGUGGAAGGGAGCAGCAUAACAGCCUGGAUAGAGUGGUGUGCAGAACAACAGUGGGACCGCAGAGGACAUGAGAAAAAACAUCUGACACAACAAGAGAGAGAGAGAGAAAAAAAACAAGGACAAGAGGAAUCGGGACGUCACGUGAAAAGAAAAGUACUAACGGAUACAGAAGAUCUGGUAGCCGAUGAGGUCAGAUAGUUGAGCAUGUGACAGAUGAAACUGUUGUCUUCCCUGGCAGGGGUAAGAUGAAUGUGUUGUGAAUCUCUGCACGUGUUUGCUUGCUUGUGUCAUGAAGAUACAAAUGAAGACAGAGCACCUGUUAUUCUGAGACAUCGCAUGCACUGGGCAAUCUCUGCAGCGUUUUACCUACCUGCACGCUGUUUGACCUUCCUUAGUCAGCAGGAGGAGUGUGACUGCAGAGAGAAAGAGGAGAGAAAGCAAGAGAAGUGAACGGAGAGUGAGUCUACAGAAAAACACCCUGAAAGGGAGACAGGAUGUUGAAGUGGAGUUGCAGCUAAGGGAGUUGUUGCUGUGAUUAGUGCGCCUGCACUGUCCUCACAAUCUUAAGACCUCUGCGUGGAGUUCCUGUGGCAAUACAGUAGACUGGAUUUUUGUCAGACGGAAAGCCUGGACCUUUAAUUGUCCACAGCUUCUAAAACAAGACUCUUGCCUGGAUUUAUUGACUAAAACCUCAUCUGAAGUGACCUCAGUUCCUUGAGAGGGCCUGGAUUUAGUUUUUGUACUGCGUGAAAUGCUUUUCUGAACAUUUGAAGAUAUUCAAAUGUUAGUGCCGUGAGUCUUCUUCAAGAACGGAUAUGUCAGACAAUACCCAAGGGUGUUCUGGACCUGCUCCCAGGGUGGGAGACUCCAAGGUGGGAGAGGCUAGAGUGGGAGAGGGGAUGAGGAUGGGGGAGAGAGACGCCCCUCUGAGGUUGUCGCCGUUCCGUAUGCUUCGAAUGCUGGAUUCGUGCCGCCCACCAGGAAACCGGAUUGGUAUCGUCCAUGAAAAUGUGAAGAUGGGUUCAGAUGGUGAAAGUGAUCAAGCGUCUGGGACAUCCUCUGACGAGGUUCAGAGUCCAGUGAGGGUUCGCAUGAGGAACAAUCAUCAUCGGCGCAUAUCUAAUGAGGACAUAAACAAGCGGUUGUCUCUCCCUGCUGAUAUCCGACUGCCAGAGGGCUACUUGGAGAAGUUUGCCAUGAACAGCCCGCCUUUUGACAAACCCAUGAGCCGCAGACUUCGGCGCGCAUCACUGUCUGAAAUUGGCUUUGGGAAACUUGAGACGUACAUCAAACUGGACAAGCUGGGCGAGGGCACCUACGCCACAGUGUUUAAAGGCCGAAGCAAGCUGACAGACAAUUUGGUAGCUCUGAAAGAGAUACGCCUGGAGCAUGAGGAAGGAGCUCCCUGCACCGCCAUAAGAGAAGUGUCUCUGCUGAAAGACUUGAAACACGCCAAUAUUGUCACCCUCCAUGACAUCAUCCACACUGACAAGUGCCUCACUCUGGUGUUUGAGUAUCUGGAAAAAGAUCUCAAGCAAUAUAUGGAUGACUGUGGGAGCAUCAUGAGUAUUCACAACGUCAAGAUCUUCUUAUUCCAGCUUCUAAGAGGUCUAGCCUACUGCCACAGAAGGAAGGUUCUCCACAGAGACCUCAAACCCCAGAACUUGCUCAUCAACGAGAAAGGAGAGCUCAAGUUGGCAGAUUUUGGUUUGGCUCGGGCCAAGUCUGUCCCCACAAAGACGUACUCAAAUGAAGUUGUGACGUUAUGGUACCGACCCCCAGAUGUUCUCCUGGGCUCGACCGAGUACUCCACACCUAUUGAUAUGUGGGGUGUUGGCUGCAUCUUCUAUGAAAUGAUCACAGGCAGACCUCUGUUCCCUGGAUCGACUGUGGAGGAUGAACUGCACCUCAUAUUUCGUAUUCUUGGUACUCCCACAGAAGCGACAUGGCCCGGAAUAACGACAAGUGAACAGUUUAAAACGUACAGUUUCCCCCGUUACCAUGCUGAACCCAUUGUCAACCACGCACCCAGGAUAGACAGUGAUGGUCUUGACUUGCUGUUAAAGCUCUUACAGUUUGAAGCAAAGAAUCGUGUGUCAGCUGAGGAGGCACUAAGACACCCGUAUUUCAGAACUCUGGGAGAGCACGUUCAAUCGUUGCCUGACACUGCUUCCCUCUUCUCCAUAAAAGGCAUCCAGCUGCAUAAAGAUCCAGGGAAGAGGUCCUCACUUCACCCAGAAUCAACAGUGGCCCAUAAGCUAGGCUCUGCACCCUCGCAGUACUUCCAGAGAGAGGCAGCCAAUCCCAGGGCUCAGAGUCACAAUCUCUCCUCCACUUCCACUGGCUGACUGGGCCCUUACAAUCUGGCCAGGGGAAGAACAGGAGGCAGAGUGUGUUGUUUUAGUGCUGGUGGGGAGGUGAGAUGCAGAGGGAAGUGACACGUGGAGCUGUCUCGUCGAGACGAACAUUUACCAACUCCGCCACACACAAAGUGAAGGAGCGACGCACACCCUGCCACACAUAGUCAUACACUCCUACCAGAGGAAAGCAAAGACAAACACCCGCACAUUCACAUUCAUGCAGGAAAUGUGACAAUAAAAUCACACGAAUCCAUGGCUGAAGAAUUUUAACUUAUAGAUAAAAGACUCCAUUCAACCCUAAAGAUGAAAAUAAUAAAGAAAUAAAAAGUGAAGCUGGAAGAAAAGUCGGAGAAUAUAUUUUUUUUCUCCUUGCUGCUACUACCACUGCUGUCCAGAAGAGGGCAGCGAUAUGAUGUGAGCUGACUCAGAUUUGAAACAGAACUUGCUGUAUCAGUGAGCUGUGAGGAAGAAGGAGUCAAAGUGAACACGAAUCAAAGGCAAAGAGAGUAAGAGGUGUACACUCAUACUUUCUGCCCGAAUUAUUGCUGUACAUAGAUAGAUUAAGCUGUAGACCUCUUGCUUUUUUUUUUUCAUAGCACACCUCAGCCUGAAUCCAAACUCUAAAGCAUUGCACCUCAACCCUAAACCUUUACCCAACUCCUUAAAUGAUGUUUCUCUGUCUUUUUUUAUACAUCUCUCUUAAAGACACACUGACUCACACUAAUGGCUCACUUGAAAAUGGAGAGUGUGUGGAUAAUUGGAGUUUACAGAGAUAAACAUUUGCACCUUAUUGCUCAGCAGAGGUCAGGGCGGCUGUCUUUCUGUUACCUCAUCAGUCACUCCAGCAGAGUAGGAUGCCAAGUACACGACUGAACAAGAAUCAAUUGAGAAACCAAAAAUGAGCCCAUUGAAAUGAUAGGACAUGGAUAAGAUGUGUUUUUUUGCACUACUUCAGUACUUUAUAUUUGAAAAACUUUGCAUUCCUGCAAUGCUGUAAA